AUGGAGAAGUUCGACUGCGUCGUCGUUGGUGCGGGAUGGUACGGCUUGGCCGCCGCAAAGCAGUAUCACUGCACUUGCCCAGAGGACUCUCUGGUGGUCUUCGAAUCAGAAGCCACCCUCGGUGGCACAUGGGCAGAACAUCGCCUAUACCCAGGCCUCAAGAGCAACAACCUCCUGGGAACCUUCGAAUACCCCGACUUCCCCAUGGAUAGCGCCACGUUCAACAUCAAGCGGGACGAGCACAUCCCCGGCGCCACCAUUAACGCCUAUCUCAACGCCUACGCAGCCAAGUUCGGUCUCAACGACUUGAUCCGCGUCAAGACAAAGGUACUUGUGGCUGAGCAUCAGGACACGGCCGAGGGCGGAUGGGUGUUGACGGUCGCCGGCUCUAAUAAAGAGGAAACCAAAGUCUACGCGCGCCGCCUCAUUAUCGCGACCGGCCUGACUUCCGAGGCUUUCCUCCCGCACUUUGAUGGGCAAGAGGUGUUUGGCGGCAAGAUAUUCCACGGCAAGUAUUUCUUGCAGAACAAGGACACGAUACAAGCAGGCAAGUCCGUGACUGUGUUUGGCGGGACAAAGUUCGCCUGGGAUGCAGUCUAUGCGUAUGUCACAGCUGGUGUCAAGGUUAACUGGGUAAUCCGGUCAUCUGGACAUGGUCCCUGUUGGAUGUCACCGUCGUAUGUGACGCCACUCUUGAGAUGGAUCGAGGAGCUGGCGAACAUUCGGUUCCUCACUUGGUUCAGCCCUUGUAUAUGGGGUGAGGUUGACGGCUAUGGAGGUAUUCGCAGAUUCUUACAUAGCACUGCGUUGGGCCGAGCAAUUGUCAACGGCUUCUGGGGCCUCCUCGGCGACGAUGUAAUAAGGGUCAACAAGUACGACUCGCACCCGAACACGGCCAAGCUGAAGCCUUGGACUGAGGCUAUGUUCACGGGCCCCAGCUACAGCAUCCUCAACUAUGAUACCGACAUCUUCGAGCUCGUCAAGAGUGACUUGGUCAAAGUCCACAUUGGCGAGAUUGACCACCUCAGCCCUGGAAAGGUCCACCUAUCAGACGGUACCGAGUUUGAAUCGGACGCUCUUCUUGCCAAUACUGGCUGGAAACACGUACCGCCUAUGAAGUUUCUACCGGAAGGGAUCGAGAAGGAGCUUGGUCUGCCGCAUGCACCAGCCGAGAGAGCGCCCGAAGAGGACCUCGCGAAUCACCAUUCGCUCAUUAAGAAGGCCGACGACGAGAUUUUUCAGCGCUUCCCUCGCCUCAAGCAACAGCCUGUCUGGAACAAGAACUACGUUCCCCUGACCGACCAGAAAGGCAUCAGCAGUAGCGACGACGUGACACCAUGCACACCCCUCACUCCGUACAUGCUCUAUCAUUUCCUAGUGCCGCCGUCUGAGCGCCUCCUUCGGACUCGCGACAUCGCUUUCAUCGGCGUCAUCAGCAACUUCAGUAACAUGAUCACUGCCCACAUCCAGGGCCUCUGGAUCAGCGCCUACUUCUCGGGUCGACUCCGUGACCUUGGACUGGAGAUUCACCGCAAAGGCAGCUUCUGGUCCGAGAUUUGGAGUCCGUAUGGACCUAAGGAUUACCGGGGGAUCAAUGAAGACUGGAAGGCCAAGUACGGCAGUGACAAGCCGAGCGACUAA